CCCAGAACCUUAUAUGUGCGGCGAAAGUAAAGCGGACUCUUACUGUUCUGGCUCGGCACUGCACGGCGGGAGAAGACCGAUAACAAAAACAACACGGGGAACUCAGCCUUCCUUCUCUGUUUCAGACCACAUCUGAGACUUGCCUUUUCUAUCGCGUAUUUUUAUUGCUCAAGCCCAGUCGUGGCAAACUAAAAGCCGUCGCAUCUAAAGGAUCCACAUCGGUCCUCAAAUGAGAGAUAAUCUGCGCCUGUCUCCUGAAACAGAAAUGUCUGCAACAAUCCUGUCCGCUUUCUACGACAUCGACAUGCUGUAUAAGCAGGAGAAGAGCCUCAACAUGAACGCUCUUCACAUUAACAGUAUGCUGGAUAAGAAAGCAGUUGGAGCCCCCGUAACAGCCUCCAGCAGCACCAACAAUUGUAACUCCUACACGUCAGGAUUUUUCCGCCGAAAUUCCACCAGCAACAUGGAGUGCAUGACGAACGGCAACAAGUACCCCUCCUUUAACAACAUGAAGGAGACCACCAGCACCGCCAUCAUGAAUAAGGAGAACAAGUUUCGCGACCGCGCCUUCAGCGAGAGCGGGGAGCGCGUCCAGCUGCAGCAGCUGCAGGCGCUGCAGCAGAAGCCAGGCUCGCAGAUCAACUCCACCCGCUACAAGACCGAACUCUGCAGGCCCUUCGAGGAAAACGGGUCGUGUAAAUACGGCGAAAAGUGCCAGUUCGCUCACGGCUACCACGAGCUGAGGAGCUUGUCCCGCCACCCUAAGUACAAGACCGAGCCAUGUCGCACUUUUCACACCAUCGGUUUCUGUCCGUACGGCCCGCGCUGCCAUUUCAUCCAUAAUGCCGACGAAAGAAGACCAUCGCCCGCCAACGCCAACAGCCUGCAGGGCGAGCCCACCAAGACCGCCCGGGGGGAGUCGAUGUGCGGCUACGGUCAGCAGCAGGCUGCGGGAGCGUUCAGGGACAGACCUAAACUCCACCACAGCCUCAGUUUCUCGGGUUUCUCCAGCCACCAUCACGGACUCGACUCGACCCUUCUCGAUAGCCCCACGUCCCGCACUCCGCCACCCCCCUCCUCGUCAUCCAACAGCUGCACCGCUAACUUUUAUGAAGACGUUCUGUCGCCCAGCUCCGUGACCCGUUGCCUUAGCAACAGUGCCUUCUCUUUUCCUGGGCAAGACCUUAAAGCCCUGCUCGCCCCACUGGCCGUGCACACGCACAACGGUUACACCGGCCAGUCCAAUGGUGCUUUCUACGGAAACCUUCAGGUCAACUUGGGCGGCGGCCCUCCUUCUCCCCAGUACGGCCACAUGCAGUCCCUCCGCCCCCUAUCGGAGUCGCCGGUCUUCGACUCGCCCCCCAGCCCGCCGGACAGCAUCUCAGACCGGGAGAGCUACGCCAGCGGCUCGCUCAGCUCCUCCGGAAGUCUCAGCGGCUCCGAAUCUCCCAGUCUGGACGGCGGGAGGCGUUUGCCAAUCUUCAGCAGGCUGUCGAUUUCUGACGAUUAAGCGGCGUUUUGUUUUCUUUCUAGUGAACUUUGGAGGAAUGUUCCGAGUCUCCCGUUAGAUGUGUAGUCGAAUAAUAGACUUUAAUACGAAGGGAGAUGGAUUUGUCAGACCCUCGACAUGGCAUUAGGUGAUUUUAGUAACAGAAUGCAUUCCACCGGUGAUAUAUCUGUGCUGCAGUUUUCUCGGUCUCGAAUUUUUUCUCUCGGACCGAUUACUUUCCAGAUUUGUACAAAAGACUUGUUUUCAACGUGAGAGAUAGAGCGGUUUCAGAUUUUCCUCCAUCCUUGCCAAGAAUAUGCCUUGAUAAAAGUAUACCAGAAUGUAUGCGCUUCUCACAGAAACUUCCAUUCCAGUUUAACCAGUUUCACAGCGCCACCCAGUGGUUCGGUAGUUUUGGGCAGGUUGAAGCUCUUGUGUUGGGAAAUCACUGCUGAUGGUUGAAUAUAUCUAUUUUUUUUAGCUGAUUCGAGUGAUUGCAUAGCAGUGAGAAUAGCUGGCUAUGGACUAUUUAACUUAUUUAUUUUAUCUUGUGAAAAGUAUAGGCUACAUUGUUAAUUGUGUCCAUACUGUAUUUAUCAAGUAUGAUGAAGCAAUAGAUCUAUAUUCUUUUAUGUUUAAAUUAUGAUCGCCAUUAUUAAUCUACAUAAAGUGGAGUGUAUGUUCCUUUUCACAGUAAUAUAUAUUUUUGUUGUUUGGUCUCUUUUGUAACUUCACUUUAUUUUAUUGUAAAUUGAGUAAAAAAAAUCUUAAUUUAAGAGAUUGUAUGUGAUAUUUAUUUCAUUAAUUUUGUUUCCUUGUUUACGUUCAUUAAAAAAAAGAGUUGUGUGAUUUGCUGUUCGGUGGGAUGUUACUUUUCGGAAGGGUUCGUUUUGUUUCGUUAUGUUUUGGGAAAACCUUAAGACGUGUCCUUUUAGGUAUGUCUGUAGAAUGUAUCAACUGUGGUUGGCAGAGGACCGUCCAAACGUGUACUAGCCUUAAAUUGUCAUGGAAAUCAGAUUUCAAAGAUCCCAAGUAAAUCAAUUAACCAAAAAGUAUUUUGUUUUCCUUUUUUAUAUAGAAUGCACAGAGUCAGGCUGGGAAUCCAGCCACGUGCGUGAGAAUGUAGCAGUCCGAUGCCCCAGUAUUAUUGCCUAGUGCCUGUGGGGGAUUCACCAUCUUACAUUGCCUUAUGAUUAACCAAAUAAAGUAUUUUCAUACAUGAUAUUGUUUUACAACAAGAGGAAAUGAAUGUAGUUUGUAAUUUAAACUUCUUGGAAGGUUGUUACCACUUAUCACAAGAGAGAUGUAGAGACUUAGAGCGACCAUCUGAGCUGUAUUUUUUUUCUAUCGCUCCCUCUUCCUUGCAUUUGUUUUGACUGUUUUCUCUUGCUUUCCUCUGAUAUGGUCUAAAUCUUCCAAACUUGCUGGACGGGGAAGAGUCGGAACACGUUUAGUUUGUACAUAGUAGGUACAGGGGAUUCGCACUAUGUACCUUUCUUGACUACUUUAUCAGAAGUAAAGCUUUUUGAAUGUAAUGGGUUUUUUUUAAACGACAAAAACAACAGGACUUGUAAAAUACUUGUUUUCGGGGAGUCAGUUCACUACAAUUGCGUGUGAGACUGUUAACUUUGUACUGUACAUUUUUGUAGUUCUCCCAAUAAAAUAAUUUUGGAAAAAACUGGAA